AUGAGUUGCAAGCUAGCAUCUGAAAAGGAAAAUCUUGUUGAACAAGGUAAUGGAUCUCGCUCUCGUUUGCCUGUGUUCUGUACAAUAAAUGAGAGCAAGAGGAAAAGAGAGGAUGAGCUCCCUGAAAUGUGCCCACAUCAGAAAUGGGAAGAUGAAGGUUCACUUCUGCCACCACCAUCAACUGGACCCAGGUCUAAGAAAAGAAAGUCCAUCACUCAUAGGGGUGCAGCUACGCUUCGGUCUACCAGCAAACUUGUUGUGGGCCGGCAACAACUGCGUGUUGAUCCCAAAGCUGGGAGGCCACCAUCAAGUAAGUUCUCCGCAGGUUCUCGACGUGACCUAUCAAUCAAGACCUCCAGUAGUUUAUCCCGUCCAUUGGGAAAUCAGAACACAAUGAUUGCAAAACCAGGUCCUCUCAGCAAUGUAAAAAAUCUUGUGCCAGAAAAGCCAGCAGAAAAUGAGAAAGGGAAGGCUGUCCAUUCAAUUUUGAAAAAGAAAAGACCUGGCUGGGAUACCAAAGGCAGGUUGGAGGACCUGGAAGCCUACAUCAGAAGCCUUCCUGAUAUAGGUGAGUUGCAGAAGAAGCUAGAGGUUCUGACUAGUGAGAACUUGCAACUAGAGACCCAAUCACAGAACUACAGUAAAAGGACCAGCCAACUUGAGUGUGAACUAGCUACUGAAAAGCUCCAUCAUAAGCAGUCCGAAUUGAUUAGAAACAUGUAUGAAUCAGAGCUGCAACAAGUGAGGGAUGAACUGUCUAAAGUGAGGAUUGAGCAUCAAAAGUAUCAAGAUGAGCUGGCUAUUUGCAAAAAGAAGCUAGAGAAAGUACAAAAUGAAGUAAAAAUUUUGGAGGUGGAUAAAGAAAAUAUUCUGUUGGAGUGUUCUGCAAAAGAUAAAACCAUAACAGAUAUGAAAGGACAGCUUCUUUGUGAGGAGUCAAAAAGAAGGGAUUUGCAUGAACAGCUGCAAGAAGUGAAGGGGAAUAUUAGAGUGUUCUGCAGAGUGAGGCCCUUCACUGCAGGAGAAAUCCAGGAAGGUGAGGAUUGCUUUGACAUUCCACAUAUCAAGGUUCCCAAUGACAAGUGUAUUCAGAUCACCACAGAAACUGGAAGCUUGAUAGGAGCCAAGACUGCCAAGUUUAACCGCUUUCAGUUUGAUCAGGUGUUUGGUCCUCUUUCUUCACAAUCUGACAUCUUUGAAGAGUUGUCCCAGCUUGUCCAGUCUGCCCUGGAUGGCAUCAAUGUCUGCAUCUUUGCAUAUGGGCAAACAGGAAGUGGGAAGACCUUCACAAUGGAGGGUGACACUUCUGCUUCAGAAACUCUUGGUGUUAUUCCACGUAGUGUCAAAUACAUAUUUCAAGAAUGUGACCGCAUGCAGUCUUUGGGAUGGUCUUAUACCAUACAAGUCAGUUAUUUGGAGAUUUACAAUGAGAAAAUUCAAGACCUACUGGCCCCAAGCUGGAACACUACCACUAAGUAUGAACUUCGCCACAUUGACAAUGAAACUUAUGUGACCAAUCUCACCAAAGAAGUCAUUCAGACAGAGGAACAUCUCCUGAGUCUUGUGAAGCUAGCACAGAAGCACCGUGCUGUGGCUGAAACUGAAUGCAAUGAAUAUUCUUCAAGAUCACAUUCAGUCUUUAUACUUAAGCUCAAUGGAAUCAACACAGACUUGAAUAAAACCUGUUCUGGGAUUCUGAAUCUGGUGGACCUAGCUGGCUCAGAAAGAGCAAAGAAUUCAGGUGCAGAAGGAAGUCACCUCACAGAACUGAAAAAUAUAAAUUCUUCUCUCACAGCUUUGAGCAAUUGCAUCAUGGCCUUGGGCAACAAGUCAUCCAAGCCCUCUCUGCACAUUCCAUUCCGGAAUUCAAAGUUGACACACCUGCUUCAGAACUGUCUUGGAGGAAAUUGCAAAACCCUCAUGUUCAUCAAUGUCUCCCCCAUUCAGCAACAUGCUCAGGAAUCCCUGAACUCCCUUCGCUUUGCAGAGAAAGUCAAUGCCACCAAAAUUGGUCUUGCAGCAAAGAACUUUUGA